AUGGGACAGUCAGACGAGGAGUUUGAGGGACUGCAUGAGUGGGUGGGGUUGAGGGAUAUGAUGGGGUCCCCGCUAGGGGCCUGGGGUCUCAGAGAGAGAAGGGAAUUCUUGGAAGGGGACCGGGGCUCGCAAUCCUGCAGGGGUCCGAAAUCUGCAGAGCCAGCCCUCAGGGCGGGCCGGCGCCCCCCCACCCGUGUCACCCCCGCCCCCCAACUGCGGCGCAGGCGCCAACACAACCUGCUUCUGCUCUGCUUGCGUUCCCGCUCCCGCUCGGCGGAGACUGCGGACGGAGAGGGACCCAGGAUGCCAAGCUGCGAGCGUCCCUGUGGCUGCAGCCGAGGCCCCAACGUGGAAGAUGGCAAGUGGUAUGGGGUCCGCUCCUAUCUGCACCUCUUCUACGAGGACUGUGCAGGUACCCCCCUCAGCGAUGACCCUGAGGGGCCUCCUGUACUGUGCCCUCACCGACCUUGGCCCUCACUGUGCUGGAAGAUCAGCUUAUCCUCAGGUACCCUGCUUCUGCUACUGGGUUUGGCAGCCCUGACCACUGGCUAUGCAGUGCCCCCCAAGUUGGAGGGCAUCGGAGAGGGCGAGUUCCUGGUGUUGGAUCAGCGGGCAGCCGACUACAACAAGGCCCUGGGCACCUGCCGCCUGGCAGGCACAGUGCUCUGCGGGGCAGCCGGGAUCUUGCUGGCCAUCUGCAUGUUCUGGGCCAUGACUGGCUGGCUGAGCCAGGACCCCAAGGCAGAACCCUUGGACACUGAAACCGAUGGCCACAUGGAGGUCUUCGGGGAUGAGCUGGAGCAGCAGUUGUCCCCCAUUUUCCACGAUGCCAGUGCCCGGUCUUGGUUCUCACCACCCGCCAGCCACUUUGGGCAAUCCUCUGUGCAGACCAUCCAGCCCAAGCGGGACUUUUGA